UCUCUCUUCCUCAUUACCCUCUUUCAGUUUCCCUGUUGCUGCAUUCUUGACCACAUUAAUUUUUGCUCACUAUUGCUAAUUCGUUGUCCGUCGUAUAGCCACAAGAUUUCUGAAAUCGAGAUAGUAUUAAGAUACCAUUUUGCUUUGAGGGUGCACCUCAAGUUUUAAUUUUUUCUUUUUUCCCUUAUAGAUGCUUUCUCAGUGUCUCUGUUGUUUAAUUUGGGCCAAGAAUGGACCGUGUGAUUCUUUUAGUUUAGAAUGUUCCGAGCAACCUUCUGAAUGAACCCCCCAAGGUUUCGUGAGCUCGUUUACAAGUGUAGUUCUUGGUGGAGUUCAAAUUUCCUAGGUUGCGGAGUUUGGAAAAGGGAAAAUAAAAGGGUGCAACCUUUGUAUCUGCUAUGACAUCAUCGGUUACUCUCUGGGUUUCGCCUUAUUUGGCGUUGAAUUCACAUCUUAGGCCUCGGUGUAGAGUGCAAGCGAGCAGUUCAGUUGGUGGUGACUCAACAGUGUCAUCAUCUCCUGAAUUGGCUGUGUCAAAUGGAGCUCCUUCUGUUGAGGAUAGAGAGAAACUUGGUCCUUUGACUGGAGGAAAUGGACAUGCAGUUUCGAAGAUCGAGGUGGUAGAGAAGAAGAAGAAGAAGGUAGAGAAAGAAGCAAAGAAAAGCUUGGAGGUGUUGUGGGACGAUGCGUAUGGAACUACGAGUGUGAAGGAUUAUUUUGAGUGCGCAAGGGAUAUGAUUAGGCCUGACGGAGGUCCGCCCCGUUGGUUUUGCCAUGUUGAGUGUGGACAGCCUUUAAAUGAUUCUCCACUUCUCUUGUUUUUGCCUGGACUUGAUGGCACUGGAUUAGGCCUAAUCUUGCACCAUAAAGCACUGGGGAGGGCUUUUGAAGUUCGAUGCUUGCAUAUCCCUGUUUAUGAUCGGACUCCAUUUGAAGGUCUGGUGACAUUCGUCGAAGAAACUGUCAAAGCUGAGUAUGCCUCAUCUCCAAGUAAGCCCAUCUAUCUUGUUGGAGAUUCCUGAGGAUGCCUGGCACUUGCUGUGGCUGCUCGUAAUUCUACCAUCGACCUGGUAGUCUUAUUAGCGAAUCCAGCUACAUCAUUUGGCCGUUCACAGCUGCAGCCACUGUUACCUUUAUUGGAAGCUAUGCCUGAUGGACUCCAUUUCACAGUCCCCUAUCUUCUAAGCUUUGUUAUGGGUGACCCAGUGAAGAUGGCAACAGUCAAUAUUGAUAAUAUGCUUCCCCCAAGAGUGGCACUUGAACAAUUGUCUGUCAACCUCACUUCUUUGUUGCCUCAUCUCUCAGGUUUGGCUGAUAUAGUACCCAGGGAAACACUUAUUUGGAAACUGAAGUUGCUUAAAUCAGCUGCCUCUUAUACUAAUUCUCGUCUUCAUGCUGUCAAAGCUGAAGUACUACUUCUUGCCAGUGGCAAGGAUAACAUGCUUCCUAGUCCAGAUGAAGCCCAAAGGCUUACAAACUCACUGAAGAACUGCAGAGUUCGUUACUUUAAAGACAAUGGGCAUACACUUCUAUUGGAAGAUGGUAUUAAUUUGCUGACCGUCAUCAAAGGUACCCACACAUACCGUCGAAGGAGGAGGCAUGAUUAUGUCUUGGAUUUCCUGCCUCCCAGUAUGUCAGAAUACAAAAUAGCAUUCAAUCAAGUAGUUGGACUACUUCGCAAUGCAUCUAGUUCAGUAUUAUUCUCAACUUUGGAAGAUGGGAAGAUAGUGAGAGGUCUUUCAGGGGUUCCUUCUGAAGGACCUGUGUUGUUAGUUGGUUAUCACAUGUUGAUGGGACUUGAGCUGUAUCCACUUGUUGAAGAAUUCUUGAGAGAGAAGAACAUUAUUGUGCGCGGGAUAGCUCAUCCAGUGUUGUUCUCUGAAAAAAUGGAAAAUUCAUCUUCUGAAUUUAAUCUAAAUGAUUGGUUAAAAGUAUUUGGAGCAGUUCCUGUAUCCGGAAGCAACCUCUUUAAAUUGCUUUCAACCAAAUCUCAUGUUCUACUUUAUCCUGGUGGUGGACGCGAGGCUCUCCAUAAUAAGGGUGAAAAAUACAAGUUGUUCUGGCCUGACCAACCAGAAUUUGUGAAAAUGGCUGCAAGGUUUGGCGCCACAAUAGUACCAUUCGGAACCGUGGGAGAGGAUGACAUCACAAAUUUGGUACUUGAUUACAAUGAUCUGAUGAAGAUUCCAUUUGUCAAUGACUACAUCAGAGAAUCCAGUCGCGACGUUAUACGAGUGAGGGAGGGUAUGAGCGGAGAGGUCGCCAAUGAAGCACUUUAUAUUCCAGGGAUUUUGCCGAGGAUACCUGGCCGCUUCUACUAUCUGUUUGGGAAGCCCAUAGAGACGAGGGGGAGAUAUGAAUCACUGAAGGACAGAGAAAACGCAAACGAGUUGUACUUGCAGGUAAAAUCUGGAGUGGAAAGCUGCAUCGCGUAUUUGCUCAAGAAGCGAGAAGAGGACCCUUACCGAAAUAUAUUCGAUAGAACCGUACAUAAAGCGUUACAUUCUCCUCUACACGAAAUUCCGGCAUUUGAGCCAUAAUAAUGGGUAGUGGUUAUCCAAAUAAUUUGGGCCUUAUAUAUUUCAUUUAGAGUGACAUAAAAAUUUGUGGACACCAUUCGGGUAUAUCUAAUUUCCGGUUCUGUUCUUAUUUAAGAGUAACUCCUGAGCUGAGUUCUGAUUAUAAUCUGCUCAUCCUUAUAAAUUCCGAAAAUUUUA